CAAAAAAUGGAAGGACAAAAGAGGAGCAAGAGAAGAGAAGAGGAGAUCGUCGAGGCUGCCCUGGUCCUGAUCGGAGCAGCUCUGCUUGUGUCGGUCCUCAGUAAAAUCCUGUCGCUGAUUGAGAUCAAAUGGUCUGUGAGCUUCGCUGCGAUUCCUUCGCCGCUUCUGUUCCUGCUUCUGCAUGUCAUCAUCGCGUCGAUAGUCAUAACAUCGACGAUCCAACCAAACAACGAGCGCUAUUACUGUCAUUCUCAUCGCCGAGGUACCGCACAGAGGAAGAAGACGGAGAAGGGGAAGAAGAAGAAGAAGAGCAGCACGGCGAGUUUGAAAAUAGAGACGAAGGAUCAUUUACAUGACCGAGAAGUCGACGAGGGUGGUGAUGCCGAGGAGCUUAACGCGAGGGCUGAGGCUUUUAUAGUGGCGUUCCGGCAGCAACUUAGGGUGGACUCCUUUGGUUCAAGGAGGAGUUUUGAAGGUUAUUAUUGUUCAUAAUAUCUACUUCUUUUUUUUUCUUGUAAGUCCAAAGGCGCGACCUCAGGUAGUAUUAAUGUGGUUUUUCUAGCUAGCUAGCUCAUUAGGAAUUUGUUACUAUUUGCGUAGAGAGCAGUUCUUCUUGGAUUCCAAACUCUCCGCUGGAGAAUUCACUUAUUCAAUAAAAUUCAUUUAUCACUUAGUGCAGGGUUA